UUCGCAGAAAAUUCUCUAGAGUGGACAUUUCUCACAAAAUCGAAGACUUUGCGAGUCUCGACUCUUUGCGGACCUGCGUGUCCCUUUCUCUUCGCAUUAGAAACCACCCAUAGACCUCAGGAAUCCAGCUCAACGAUCGUCUCUCCCCCUGAUCUUCUCCCAUAUAAUAAAAGAAGAAACUUUUUAUUUUCUGCUUAGACUUGUCGCUCUGGUUCUCAGAGGUUUUUCUUUGAAUGGAAAACGCGGAGAAAGUUCGGCUGGUUCGGUGUCCUAAGUGCGAGAAUUUGUUGACGGAGCUCGCCGAUUACUCUGUUUAUCAGUGCGGUGGUUGUGGAGCUGUUCUUCGGGCAAAACCUAAGGUCCAGGGAUCUGAUUGCUUAUCUGAGAAGUCUGAUGACGAGAGGAUUGGAGGAAUCUGUGAAAAAUCAGAGAAUGUCUCAGAAAAAGCAACAGCCAACUUGUGCAGCUCUUCUGCGUCGGAUGUCAAACCCAAUGUGGGAUCUUUGAGUUCUGAUCGCGGGGCUUUAGAGGGAAAUGGCACAGUAGGCAGUGAAUUUGCUAAUUACGAUUCCAAAGAUGCAACUCCGAACUGGCUUGUUGAAAGUCAACUCGAUCAGGAUGACGCUGGUAAUGGGCUUUGCGAAGGUAAUGGAGAAUACAGACCCGAAAUUAGUUCCCCAAAUGGGCCUCAAAGAUCAGGAAAAAUGGUGGAUCGGCAAACUAGGGAGAUGGGUAGCAAGGAUGGAUAUCCAAAAAGCAUGCAUGGUGAUUUCCACGGUGUAAGGUUAUCGACUUCUAGGUAUCCUGAUGAGGGUCCUUCAAAUUACCAGUUAGAUUCUCAUUGCAGUCAUGAAGCACCAUUUAGGAAACACAAUGGUCAUCAUGAAGGUAACAGAGUUCAUUACCUUGAAAGUGAUCGAGCUGAACUCCUUAGAAAACUGGAUGAACUUAAGGAUCAACUUGCUCGGUCCUGCAAUGUGGUUGAUAAUGCCAAGGAUGGUUUUCCUCUAAAUAGAGGGAUGGUUGCUCCAGAUGCUUAUGCUGGUCCAAAUGUGUGCUUUCCUGUUGGCUCUUCAGAUUUGAAUAAAAAUCCAUUUGGGUCCUUUGAUCCUUAUAGACAUUCUGCUGGGCUCCCUUAUACAAGUCAGCAGCAAAACCCUUUCUCUUACACCAACCAGCACGAUGUUGGGCACAGAUUUUACAGCUCAAUGCAGAAUCCCAAUCAUUUCCCUGGAUACAAAGAUAAUUAUGCUUCUCAUGUACAGGGGACAGCUCCAGGUGAAUACCAUCGACCGCCUCCUCACAUAUUCUAUGCGAGAGAGUAUGCUGAUGCUACUUCAGAUCCUUUUGGACGGUACGAUGGUUCAAGUCUUCAUCAGUCUACUUGCCGUUGCUACCAUUGCUGUGACAACCAUCGGGAGGUUUCUACAGCAGUUCCACCUACUGCAUUCUACAAUAAGAAAUUCUCUGAUGUCCCACAACUUAAUGGUUUGUAUCAUCAUGAGGAUCCAGGUUAUCAUUCACUCAAUCCUAGGUUUGCUGUCCCUCCAUUUAUUUCUCACAAGCCACAGUCCCAUGUUAGACAGCCAGGUGACUUGAAUUAUGAAAUGGGUGGCUUUGUGCAACGCCAACCUCCAAGGGUUGUUUUAGCUGGGAGUGGUCGUAGAUUGCAUCCCAUAGCUGGUGCUGCCCCAUUUAUAGCUUGUCACAAUUGCUUUGAAUUGCUGCAACUUCCCAAGAAAGUUCUGCUCAUAACAAAAAAGCGGCAAAAAGUUCGAUGCGGGGCCUGUUCUACAAUGAUUUCGUAUGCUGUUGUAAACAAGAGACUUGUUUUUUCUGCUCACAUGGAGGCAAAAGAAGCUAAUGCCGAUUAUGAAGACAGCUCUUAUGAGGUAGUGAAAGACGAUUAUGUGCAAUCCCAUGGCUAUGUCAACAGAGACAGCACCAAUUUCUCUUCUGAUGAUUUCGAUAAUUCUGCUUAUGAGUUUCUUUCACUGGACAGAAAGCAAGCUCCAUUGACAGCAUGCCACAACUUAAGCCUUUCUAACUCUCAAGAGAUGGAAGGCCUGCAUUCUACCUCCCCUAGUAUCUCAGAUGAUGAGCAUACCCCUGAUGGUUUGAUUGGAUUGAGAGACUCGGUGCAGCAGCCAAUAAAUGCCACACGGUCUCCACCACCUCCUGGGUCACCUCUACAAAAGCAUUUUGAUCAGUCUUCCCAUAAUCAUGCAGUUAACCGGUUUGGUAAGGGAAAUCGCAGUAGUCGAUCAGAUCACGAAAAAGUCUUACCAAAUAAGGCCAUCUUGCGGCAGAAUUCUCUACAAGAGGCUUCACUUGCAACUGAGAUGGAAGUAUCAUUCAAUGAGUGCUCCGAUACUGGGGUAUCACAAGAAUCUGGAGAUGCAAGCAGGGAACAUGAUCAACCAAGAAAUAACAAGGGGAACGAAUCAUUUUUCAUGAACAUUAUCAAGAAGAGCUUCAAGGAUCUUUCAAGGUCAAAUCAAAGUGACGAGCAUGGCAAAGCAAAAGUCUCAAUAAAUGGGCAUCCCAUAUCAGAUCGUUUGAUAAGGAAAGCUGAGAAGCUCGCCGGACCAAUACAGCCUGGAAAUUUCUGGUAUGAUUAUCAAGCUGGUUUUUGGGGGGCCGUUGGUGGACCUUGUCUUGGCAUAAUUCCGCCAUUCAUUGAAGAAUUUAACCAUCCUAUGCCUGAGAAUUGUGCGGGAGGAAAUACAAGUGUCUUUGUUAAUGGUCGAGAACUUCAUGAAAAGGAUUUGGCUUUACUUGCUUCUAGAGGACUUCCGACUGAUAGAGAUAGGUCAUACAUCAUUGAGAUCUCUGGACGAGUCUUGGAUGAGGAAACUGGUGAAGAGCUGGAUUGCCUCGGUAAACUUGCUCCAACAAUCGAGAAAGUGAAGCAUGGGUUUGGUAUGAAAGCUCCAAAAGCAGCUGAUUACUGAUUUGCAUAAUGAGUAGUUCAGAAUGCCCAAGCGAUACCAUGAUGCCAUCAAGUUGUACCUGCGAGUAUUCAGACUGCUGGGAGUUGAGCUUGAAAAAGUUUUGCGUUGUUCUUUUUCGUUUUACCAUUUUUACUUUGAUGGUAUCUGGGAGGUAGUCGUUUGAAGCUUAAUGUGUGAUUCAUUUAGAACUUGAAGAUUUGAUGCAUGUCCUGAGAUUUCUACCUCCACCUUGCUUGCAGACACGCUGUAUGUCGUGUAUUAUUUGUAGAGCUUAGAAGUUCAGGGGUUGAUUAAAAUGGAAUUUAGAGAUAUGACAUCAGAUGAGGGGGCGAUUUAUUUCUACUGCUGUACUUAAUAGUUGCACUGUAUAUCAUGUACUAUUCUAAUUCCGUAUGUAUUGUGCUUGAAUUCAAGGUCUUUUUCUUUGCGUUU